AUGUUAACGAAUCCUUCGCUGCAUAUACAGAUUGCUCAUCAAACUUUAUUUUUAUUAACAGGCAGCUUCUCGGAGUCAAAGCACAACCCGCAUUUAUUUCUCACGGCUCGAUUUGUCCUGGCUGAUACUGAUGCUGAGCCCGAGGUGACCCAUACUUACUGGCAAGGACACGAUGACGGCUAUGUGCGUCUCUUCCAUGACGCACACGUGCCGGAAGAGCAUAGACAGGAGGUUCUGUUGAGCAACGGCGAUCGAUACCAGGAUACCUCCCUGUGGGAGUUGAUGUACAAGCGCAUUAGUAAUGCCAAAAGUUUUAUAUACAUCGCCGGAUGGUCCGUAUUUGUUCCAACCCGUCUUAUCCGUAGGGAGAACGAGGAGGAAAUACCCACCCUAGGCGAACUUCUAAAAAAAAAGGCGGAUGAAGGUGUAGAAGUCGUGGUAAUGGUCUGGGAUGAGGUGAUGUCUGUUAAAUAUCUGAUGGAAGCCGGUCUCAUGGGCACACACGAUGAAGAGACUCACCGAUACUUUGAUGGAACAAAGGUGAACUGUGUCAAGUUCUCGAGAACAGGCGAUAUGAAGAAGAAGAGUAUACUCAAGCGGAUAGUGUUCAGUUCCAAGCAGCUAUUCUCGGUCACGCAUCACCAGAAAACCGUAGUUUGCGAUGCGCCUACAAGAAACCAGGCGAAGAUCUGUGCGUUCGUGGGAGGAAUUGACUUAUGCGAUGGACGGUACGAUACAGCGGAUCAUUGCUUAUACCGGCGGAUGUUGAGCUACGAAUAUCCUGCCUCAGAUUACCACAAUCCUGGAGAUAACUCUUUCCAUGCUAAGAAUGCUCCCCGCCAGCCUUGGCAUGAUACGCAUUCGUAUAUUGAGGGAACGGCCGCUUGGCAUGUGCUUCAAAACUUCCGCGAGCGCUACAACAGUCAGUCCUCAAGCAAAGCACCAAGGCUGAGCAACUGGACGGAUACUGUCGGUAGCGAGACAUUAGCGGACAGAGAGAAGGACGAGAAUUGGAACGUGCAGAUAUUCCGGUCCAUUGAUAGCCACGUUGCGGCGUAA